AUUUUCUAAAAUAUGGAAUAUGAAGGUAAUUGCUACGACUAUCCGUAACAAAAAUCAUAAUGUUUUUAUAUCACGUCUAGCCUAAGAUUUUAUCUGUCAAAGUGACAAGUUUAAAAAUAUUUGCCCUGUACGCAGAGAUAUGACGCUGAGUGUAUAAGAAAGUCUCUCAUGUAACGAAUCUAUCUUUGCUGUGGUCUUAGGAAGCGCAGUCUAGGGAAGCGCUUAUUGGUCUUAAUCCCUUGAGAAAGUCACCCAUUUUCAUUGAUUUUUAAGUCAAUUUCUAAUCCUACAAAAGUCGUAGAACCUUCUCCAAAGACUCUCUUCUUCAGAGACUCGUGUUUGCGAUCAAACAAAAAGUGUGCAAAAACUCGUUUCGGUUUCUUUCUUUCCUCCCUUUACCAAAUAUUAAGCAUCUACUUCUUGAGGGGCUCUUCUCGCUUUCUAGUUUCCAAAAAAUCAUCGUCAUUAUCUCCCGUAAAUGAUUGAUGAGGGGCCCCCCAAGUGACGCGGCCAAAUUGGAAACUGGUUCUCGAAUUCUGAACUCAUUAACAUAGAUCUACACACCUUUCUCUGUGACCCUCAGGCAUGAGCAUCUCGGCGUUGGACCGCAAGGAGCAGCAGGCUGGCAAUAGUUUCCUGGGCAGGCGCUAUGGACAGCUGCUGCGCGGUGGCAAGCACACGGACUGCGUGUUCCACGUGUGCGAGGAGCAGGUGAAGGGCCACAAGCUGAUUUUGGCCGCCGCCAGUCCAGUGUUCGAGGCCAUGUUCUUUGGGCCGCUGCAGGACAAUGAGCCGGAGCCAGAGAUCGAGAUCCAUGACAUCAGUGCGGCCAUCUUCAAGGUGAUGGUGGAGUACAUUUACACGGGCACCGUGGACUACAACGGACUGGAGCUGGUGGCCUGCAUCGAGCUGUACUAUGCGGCGGAGAAGUAUCUACUGGAGGAGCUGAUCGCCGACUCCUUGCUGGCCAUUACGCGGAAGCUACGCUUCGCCAACAUCCUGCCCGCCUUGGAGCUAAGCGUCUGCAUGGGCCUCGACGCCCUCCUGGACGUCUGCAUGACCUUCUUCAUGCGCUGCUGUGCCAACAAUGGCCAGUACAUGAGCCACCUCAAGGAGCACUAUGUGCACGUGUCCAAGGAGUGCGUAAAGGCAAUAAUUGCCGCCUGCAAGGAGCCGCACAAGCUGCUCAUCUGGUACGUUUACGAGUGGACGCGGCAGGAGUGCGAGCAGCUGGGCCUGGGACCCAGCGAUGCCGAUCUGGUGGUGCACGGCCUGGGCGGUGAAUCUACCGGCCAUUGGUCGUCCGUGACAGCAGCUGUGGCGGAGCCAACUCCUGCUCCAGGCCCUGUGUUGUCCGUGGAACGCUGCUAUUACAAGGCCUGCCGACCCUUCACUGUAGACGCAGAGACUCCGGUGUUCCGCCUGCGCCUAAAGUGCUCUCGUUUUAUCUCGCUGAUGGGCCUGGUACUCAACAGCCGGCUGACGCCCAAUCGCUUGGGCCACGUGCUGCAGCCCGAGUACCGUGAAUGCCUGCGCCUGCAUCUCUGCGAGCUGUCUGUCGAGGGCGAAGGCAAUCCGCCGCCCACGGAACCCGUGUGGAGCCAUGUCGUCCAAAACCAGAGCACCAAGUACAAUUGCGAUCUGCACCUUGCCUGGCGACGGGAGGAGGCCUGCGUUCUCAAUCCGGAGCUCUCCUACGAGCUCCAGAUCCACUGGGACAGCAGCGCCUACGGCGCGGAGUAUCCGUGCAGCCUGCAGUCGUGCCAGGCGGACGGGAUCCGCUUCACCGACGGUGACAGCUUCAGCGGGAGCCUCGUCAAGGGUCUGCGCUACGCCAACCUGGUGUAGGGCUCGAGGGCACCCGAUGUUCCCCUCCCCGAUUAGUUUAGUUCGUAAGAAGUGUGUAUUUAUUGCCCUAAGUUAAUGUACGCCGUCGCCAGAGUUCAAUAAACUGUGAGCGCCAGAA